AAAAAACAAACAAGAUCUCUCAGAUUUCGAUUCGAAUCCCAAAUCUCUCUCUCUCUCUCUCUUUCUCUUUCUCUUUCUCUCACCUUUCAUUCCAUAUAUAUUAUUCCCCUUCCUUUUCACCUUCCCAUUCAACUCCAUCAUCUUCACUUUUCCCAUUUAUACCCAUUUUUCUUCUCAUCCACAAACUUCAUCAUCAUUUUCAUUUUCAUCUUAAUUUCGAGAUACCCUUUUGAUGGAUACCGCCGGCGAUGUUCUCAGGCAGAGUUUACCCGCAAUGGAUGCAGGGGAGCUGCAUGUGCUUGCUGUUGAUGACAGCCAUGUCGACCGCAAGGUCAUUGAACGGUUGCUCAGAAUCUCUUCUUGCAAAGUUACAGUUGUAGAUAGUGGAACCAGAGCUUUGCAGUAUCUGGGGUUGGAUGGGGAGAAGAGCUCAAUUGGUCUUGAUAGUGUGAAGGUUAAUCUGAUAAUGACAGAUUAUUCCAUGCCUGGGAUGACAGGGUACGAACUGUUGAAAAAAAUAAAGCAGGAGUCAUCUGUUUUCAGAGAGAUUCCAGUGGUGGUUAUGUCUUCUGAGAAUAUCUUGACCCGAAUUGAUAGUUGCUUGGAGGAAGGAGCAGAGGAUUUUCUAUUGAAGCCUGUAAAGUUGUCAGAUGUUAAACGCCUAACAGAUUUCAUCAUGAGAGGUGGAGAGAAGAAGGUUGAACAAAGAUGUCAAAAAAGAAGCAGAUCAGAUGAUUGCAGCUCAUCUUUAUCAACUGCAUUCUCAUUGGUUUCUCAUCCAUGCGAUCUAUCAUCAUCACCUGUUCUAUCAACACUUUCACCAUCUGCAAUGUCAUCAAAGAAAUCUAGACUAUGAUGAGUAGUGAUCUUUAUGUCUCCAUUUUUGCAAAUUGUUGAUAUCCCAAAGCCUCUGAUGUAAUUUCCGAUUCUGAAAUAUAGAUUGCUGACAAUGAGUACUAGGAUUAGGAACGAGGAAGGGGAUGUCAGAAUCACUUUUUUGUUUUGGCUUAAUUCUAACAUUGUACAAAAGAUAUUUAUUGAAAAUUAAUGAAAACCCUCUAUUUUGAAGGGUUUUACUUCAAAA